AUGCUCUUCACUACCAAUAUCUCCAUCGGCACACCACCCCAACCGUUUAUCGCAUGUGUCGACAUCAACUGGUCAGAUCUAUUCGUACCCUCCUCAUCCUGCAUGCUCGAUCCCGACAUGCAGCGAUAUUGCUCCCCGUUCCGAAAGUUCAACUCGACGCAAUCUUCAACCCACGUCCCUGCAUCGGCCUUUGAAGACACGCAGUACGAAUUUCUGUGGGCACGUGGCUACCUCGCGCAUGAUACAGUUCACAUUGCUCAACUCCAGAUUUCGAAUCAGACCUUUGAAGAUGCUGCGUUCUGGCGCUCCCAGUAUCGCAGCGGCUGGGCGCCAAUCGACACAGGCCUCGGCCUUGCGCGCUCAAGGCCGAGAGAGUCGCGUGAUCGAGACAACACGGCUGAGUGGGGUAGUUCUAUACUCCAAAAUCUCAAAGAACAAGGAGCUCUACAAGAGAACAUCUUCUCGCUCCAACUUCCGCGGGCAGAUGAAGAGCUAGGAAAUUUGGUGCUCGGAGGGAGUGAUCUUCAGCGGGGCCGGCAGAGCCGCAUUCUAACACUACCACUAACGAACAAAUCCGUGAGCUCAGGACCUAGGCUCUCCUUCCUCGUGAGCUCGGGAUGGCAAGCAAACAUCUCCUCCAUGAGUCUACACUCCAGCAUCAACAACCAAGCUCCUCUCGAUAUCGACCUUAAGGGCGGCACCGCAAUCUUCUCCAAUUGGCACGACUUCAUCUCCGUCUCUCCUCCUAUGGCGGAGCGCAUUCUCACAUACCUCCAUCUCUCGGAUCUUUACCCCGAUCCGCCUUGCUCCCAGAUAUCCGAUCUACCCAACCUUACUCUCGGCUUCGGAGAUGUUGGAAAGAUUACCCUGACGCCGUCGCAGUAUACCGUGAGAGUCAAGAGCGUGUACAGAGAUGAUGAGGACCGGUGUGUUAUCCCGUUUACGGACUGGGCGCACGAUGGUCUCCGUGAGGAAGGGGAGAAGUUCGUGGUGCUUGGGACUGCUGUGCUGCAAAAUCUGAUCACGGAGUUUGAUCUGGAUAAGGAGACGAUUUCGUUUUCCGCGCGAGAUGACUAGGAAUAUUGGUGUCAUUUCGGGUAACGAGUUGAUAUGUAAAAGAGUGAGAUGGAAUGCGGAACUACAUUCACACUUCGGAACGUC